AUGACAGAUGGCUUUUUGCCACCGACGAAGCCUGCGCCGGGCUUGGAAGAGUGGAGACAGCGGCUCGAGGCAGCCUUUCGACGCUCGGCCACUGCACCAGCGUUGGCUUCGCUGGUCCCGGAGUCGACGAGGGCCUCAGAGUGUUCGGGGCAAGAUGGCCCUGAUGGGGCUUCGAGCGCCUGCGACCAGCUCGACGAGAGCCCGGACUUUGCCGAGGGGCUGCCAGUCCCGGACACGCAGUGGGAGGAGGAUUUUCGUGCGGAGUUGUACCGCCUCGACUUGGAACGUCUGGAGAGCGAGCAGCGCCUCCAGGCUCAGCAGCUGGAAGAGUUGGAGAGGCUACCGGCCCUUCAAGGCGGCGUCAGUCCAGAGCUUCAGCUCUGCCGCGAGUCUGUGUUGGCUUUGAGGCAAGCUCACCAAGAGCUUCGUUCGGAACUUGCUGCCGUCGUGCGAGCGUUGCCGGCAUCGCAGCAGGAUGCGACAACAGGCUGCCAGCUGCUGUGA